UGAAGCACGACUAUCACAUGCACUAUGUGAGAACUUUCGCACGCCUCAAGGGCAUUGUAUGUUUGCUUCGGAGUAUAAUUAAGCCUGCACACCUUCCCCAUGAUUCCAAGGAGCGACGUUCACGCCGUGCUUCUCCAUCACAACAUUAUGCUUCGUCUGAUACUUCUGGCGACGGCGGUGGCGGCGGUGGCGGCCUCGCCCGCCAUGCCUCUGGCGGCCAAGGCGAUGUACAACCCGGACCUCUUCCAGGGAGACAUCAAGGGCAUCGCUGGACAGGAGCCUGGGCACGAGAGGGCGGCCAUCCUGGGGCCGCAGUACCUGUGGUCCGGCGGCGUGGUGCCCUACGUCUUUGGCAGCUCCAUCACUUCCCAUCAGAGAGACAUCAUUCUUCAGGGCAUGAAUGACUUUCAUGCCAAGACCUGCGUCAGGUUCGUCGAGAGAACCACACAGCACGAUUACAUCGAGAUUGUCUCCAACGACAGCGGGUGCUGGUCCUACGUGGGCAGUAUUGGAGGCAAGCAGCGCGUCUCUCUUGACGUCAACGGCUGCAUCUACGUGGGCACGGCCAUCCACGAGCUGAUGCACGCCAUUGGCUUCUACCAUGAGCAUUGCCGCAACGACCGCGACAACUACGUCACCAUUCACUACGAAAACGUCAUGACAGGCUUGGAGUCCCAGUUCGACAAGGACAGCUAUUAUCAGUACGUGGGCGAGGGGUACAACUACGCCAGCAUCAUGCACUACGGCACCUACGCCUUUUCCAUUCAGUGGGGUGUAAAGAAGACCAUCAUCCCUACGGACCCUAACGUGGUGUUAGUCGAGGCUUAUGACAAGUACGAGAUGGAGCAGAGUGACGCAAACCAGAUCAACAACCUGUACGCCGCCGAGUGUGCCCGCCGCCAUUAAAUGAUAGAUGCACUAAACUCGGGACUUGCGAUCUAAUGUCACUCGCUUGCUUAGGCUGAAAUUAGCUUUUCAACAUAUAGAAUGUUUUUGUUUUUGUUUUUGACAAUGCGCGGUAUCGGACACUGCCCGCAUACCUUUUACGGUCACCUCUUCCACAUGACUGGCACUGCCUCGACCUUAUGCUUCACCUCAGUCUCCAUCACGAGUUUUAUGACUGCCGACUUGCCUCGGGCAGCCCGGCUCCUCUUUGUCCCCACCUUUGACCCGGGCACUCUGGACAGCUUCUCUGACCCCAUACAGUCAAUCCUGUCUUCUUCAGCCUCAGAGCUGAACGUCAACUCCAAAUGGCAUUCACUUUCACUAAAUCAUCUUUCAUUUUUUACUGUUUGAUUUUAUUCAAUAUAUUUGAAGCAGAAGUUUUACACCAAGUUUAGCUACCACCUUCUACACUUUGUAAAACAGUUUAAUUACUUGGUUUUCUACAAUUUCCAUGAUACCGAUUUGAAUGAAAUGUUUUGCAAGUGCAUAAUCAAAAUUUUCUUUACCAUCUUAGUUCCUCAACACAAUGUUCAUUCCUCAUCUACUAUAUUUGAUCUUUUCUUUCUCUAUUAUACAACUUAUUUGAUUCCCAUAAUCUAAACUUCGUCAGUAGGUAUGUGUAAUUCCUUCACUUCUAUAGAAAAAGAUAUUCAUUCCUUGCACAUUUUUUAUGCAUGAUUGUGACGAGUUACAAAAGAACUGUGAAGAUGUUAGCUUAAUUCAGCUGCAAUAGAAGAAAUAAAAACAUUGUUAAUA